CCUUCUCCCAGAGGGAUGGGCUUCAGCUCUCCGCUGCAGGAUCCCCACCAUUUCCCCCCCUCCACCCCCGCCCUGUGUUUUCUGCAGGGGGGGCGAGAGAGAGAGAGAGACCCCUAAAAUAUCGGGGGGGGGCCUGACCAGGUGUUCCUCCUCCUUUCCCUUCUUAGUGUGAAAACUCCUAGAAUAGAUCCUGGUCCGUUUCUCCUCCUCCAUCCCGACCACAAAGGGCAAGCAGACACCAGGGCUGGACAUCCUCUCCCCACCAGUAAGAUCGGUCAUGGAAGCGGAAAAUGAAGUGGAGAGCAGCAGCGACGCGGCUCCUCGGCUGGGGCAGCAAGAAGAGCCCUCGGAGAGCGGCCUGGGCGCGGAGACCUCGGAGGCCGUCUCUGCCGACAGCAGCGAUGCCGCCUUGCUGCCCGUCUCCCUCUCGGAAGCAGACGACUCGGGCGUCGGGCAGAGCUCAGACAGCAGAGGGGUCUCCCUGGGAGAAGUGCCGGAGAGCAGCUCCAGCGCGGACGCCUUCCCUCGAGUCUACCUGCCCGACUCUUCCUCCGUGGCCCAGUCCACCCGGGUCUCCAGUGUCUCCACCGUCAGCCAGUCCGUUCUGGUCUCCCAGUCCCCGCAGGGCCUGGUCCACUCCAGCGUCCUGGCCGAGGGGGUGCCGGUUGUGUCCAAUUCCACGGCCUCCACCUCUUCCGACCUUGGCUCCACCAUUGAUAAGAUCAUUGAGUCCACCAUCGGUCCGGACGUCAUUCAGAGAUGCAUUGCUGUGACAAGCGAGGAGGAUGGUGGGGCGCAAACAACCCAGUACCUCAUCUUGGCGGCAGAGUCCCCGGCAGACGGCCCCACCUCCACCUGCGCGGAGCACCCGGUGCCCCUGGAGGCCGCGGAGCUGCCGCCUGGGCCGCCGGGCCCCUCGGGGGAGCCUGACCUGGACAGCCUGGAGGAGCUGAUGGAGGUGGUGGUGGUGCAGCAGUUCAAGUGCAAGAUGUGCCAGUACAAGAGCGUCUCCAAGCAGACCCUCAUCCACCACAUGCGGGAGCGGCACUUCCAGUCCGCAACAGCCACUGGUACCAAAAGGGGACGCCCACGCAAGAGGGUUCUUGUGCCCAAGACCCCAGAUCAGGGGAAACGACAACAGCAGCAGCAGGAGGAGGAGGAAGAAGAAGAGGAAGAUGAUGAUGACAUUGUGGACGCAGGUGCUAUUGAUGACCCCAAAGAUGACAGUGACUACAACCCGGCCGAGGACGAGUCCCGAGGACGUCUGGCCAAGCUCAGCCGCCCCCUUCCCACCUCCAGCGAGCAGCGGCUGCGCCGCCGCCCAGGAAGGCCCCGCAAAUUCCCCCGCCUGGAGGCCCCCUCCCCUCAAGAAGGUGGCGAAGAGGAGUCGGUCGUCUCGUCCCAGGGGGGCCCUCGGCAAGUGCAGCAGGGCUCUGAGGCGGCCAGCUCUUCGGACCCGGGGCCCACAGAAGGCCAGCGCCUCGUGGACCCCACUGUGAGCCAGUCGGACUCGGAGAACCGGGACCCGUCAUCCCAGGAGGAACCGGAAGUGCUCCCGCGGCGUCGAGGCCGGCCCUCCCACCGGUUCCUGGGGAAGAAAUACCGCAAGUACAUGGGGCGGAGGUACUGCUACAAGUCGGCCAAGCCCUUGAUGCGCCCUUACCUGUGCCGGAUCUGCGGCUCCCGGUUCCUCACCCAUGACGAUCUGCGCUUCCACGUCAACUCGCACGAGGCCGGGGAUCCCCAGCUCUUCCGCUGCCUGCAGUGCAAUUACCGCUCCCNGCCUGGCUCUCCCUUGCAGGAGCACAUGUUCAACCACGUCGGGAGGAAGCCGUACAAGUGCGAGGAGUGUGACUACACCAGCGUGUACAAGAAGGACGUCAUCCGGCAUUCUGUGGUGCACAAUUGUGACCGGAAGAAGCGAGCCGACCCGCCCCCAAAGCAAAGUGCCUUUCCUUGCCCCGUGUGCGACCGCGUGUAUCCAAUGCAGAAGCGGCUCACCCAGCACAUGAAGACCCACAGCAGCGAAAAGCCCCACAUGUGUGACAAGUGCGGGAAGUCCUUCAAGAAGCGCUACACCUUCAAGAUGCACCUGCUGACCCACAUCCAGGCUGUCGCCAACCGCCGGUUCAAGUGUGAGUUCUGCGACCAUGUCUGUGAGGACAAGAAGCUGCUUCUCAACCACCAGCUCCUGCACGUCAACGAGAAGCCCUUCCGUUGCAGCCUCUGUUCCUACGCCACCGUCCGCGAAGACUUCCNGUUCCGCAGGGCAGGGGGGAAGCCGUUUGCCUGUGAGUUCUGCCACUUCACCACCAAGCACAAGAAGAACCUGCGCCUCCACAUCCAGUGCCGCCACGCAGAGCACUUCGAGGAGUGGGUGCACCGCCACCCCGAGGAGCCCCCCUGCCGGCGCCGACCCUUCUUCACCCUUCAGCAGAUUGAGGAGCUGAAGCAGCAGCACAGCCAGGGCCAGGCGGCCGUCGACAUGGCGGCGGGGGCCCACCCUUCCCAGGUUGCCUACCAGCCUGCACAGAGCCCACCUCCCCCGGAGACCCCCGUCCUUGCCCAGGAGCCUCUGGAGGGAGCAACCAUCAUCUAUGAGCCAGAUGUGGAGGGCUCGGCUGAACUGGCCACGCAGACGGCGCUGGACCUUUUGCUGAACAUGAGCAGCCAGCGAGAGCUGCCUGGUGGCAGCACCUUGGAGGUGUCUGUGGUGAAGGCGGACGGCCUGUCCAAAGCCUCGGAGCCACAGCCUGGCGGAGAGGAGGCCCCGGGCAAGGUGCUGACGCUGCAUGUGAUGGAGCAGAGCGAGGCCUAUGCAGAGCCAGCGCUAGCGGACGGCCCUUCCUCCUCCUCUUCCUCCCCCCAGCAGGUCAACCUCCCCUUCAGCAACACGGCUGAAUAUAGCAUCAUGGCUGCUGGUGAAGAAGCAGCAGGCCACACGCUCUGUGGCGAGGAGGAGAGCCCCCAAGAGGCGGAGCAGGCCGUGAUCAGGGACCCGCUGAACGACGACCUCGUGAGCCCCGCCAGCGCCCCCGAGCCCAGGCUGAGCAGGGAGAAGCUGGGCGGCGGCCAGGCCACCAUCCGGUGGCCUGUCGUGCAGUGUCUGACAUGGCCGGGCCGCAAAGCCAUGGCCAUGCUGGGCCCCGAGGAUCCGGAGCCAGCCACGAUGCCCGACCGGCGGACCGCCGUCCGGCGAGCUCUGUGCAGAGUCGACUCCCCCAAGCGGGUGCCGGACAAGGCGCCUGCCACCAAGACGUUCUCCUGCAAGAUCUGCUCCGAGACCUUCCCCGGCCGGGCGGAGAUGGAAAUCCACAAGCGGGCCCACGUGGGGCCCGGCACCUUCAAGUGCCCCGACUGCCCCUUCACCGCUGCCAGCUGGCCAGACAUUCGGAGCCACCGGGAGCAACAUGCCAGCCUCCGGCCCCACAAGUGCCAGCACUGCAGCUUCGCUUCCAAGAACAAGAAGGACCUGCGCCGGCACGUGCUGACCCACACCAACGAGAAGCCCUUUGCGUGCCAUGUCUGUGGACAGAGUUCCUACUUAAAAUACCAAACGGAAAAACAUUGUGCUUUGGCCACCCUGCAGACCGCCCUGCAAGCUGGCCAGGCCAUUUUGGCCCCCGAGAGGCUCCAGCCAGCCAUGACCCAGGAGCACCUCAUCAUGACCCAGGAGCAAAGCGUCCCCAGCCAGGAUGAGGCCACCUACAUCCAGGAGAUCAUGACAACAGCAGAUGGGCAAAUGGUGCAGCACCUGGUGACGGCGGAAAACCAGGUGCAGUAUAUCAUCACCCAGGACGGUGUCCAGCCUCUCCUACCGCAUGAAUAUGUGGUCCUGCCCGAGGGCCACCACCUCCAGGUACAGGAUGGGCAGAUCACCCACAUCCAGUACGAGGAGAGCGGAGAGUUGGUGCAGGAGCCCCAGAUCCAGUACGUUCCAGUGUCCCCAGGGCAGCAGCUUCUGACCCAGGCACAGCUGGAGGCAGCCGCCCACUCGGCAGUGACAGCCCCGGCAGAUGCUGCCAUGGCCCAAGCCCAGGGCCCAUUGAGCACGGACUGUUCGGUGGACCAGAUCCACCAGCUGCAACCUGGCGUCCAUUACGACAUCAUCACACUGGCAGAAUAGCAGGGGUCGCCUCCCCUCCUGGCUGGGGUCGUUUUCGUCAUGGUUCCAGAGAACGGGAGGGGGACAAGGGGACCCCCCGCAGCCACGCCUGCAGGGACGGUGCCUUCUGCCAUGACCCCGGACUACGUGGCUCCGCUCCAGGCUGGACCUUCUCUGACUUGGCCGGCCCGGCCCUCGCCUACCCCGGGGGCGA